CCGCAGGCGAGCGGGGCCUGUGUGCGCAGCGGCGCAGCGGGCGCGGCGGACGGGCCCCGGCUCGGCGCAGGUGGCCCGGACAGCGGGAGGAGGCGUGCGGCCUAGCGUCUCAGAGUGCCUGGUGAAGAAUGUGAUGGGAUCAUUAGCAUGUCUACGGAGAGCGGCCCUGGGACAAGAUUGAGAAAUCUGCCAGUAAUGGGGGAUGGACUAGAAACCUCCCAAAUGUCUACAACGCAGGCCCAGGCCCAACCCCAGCCAGCAAAUGCAGCCAGCACCAAUCCUCCACCCCCAGAGACUUCCAACCCUAAUAAGCCCAAGAGGCAGACCAAUCAACUGCAAUAUCUGCUCAGAGUGGUGCUCAAGACACUAUGGAAACACCAGUUUGCGUGGCCUUUCCAGCAGCCUGUGGAUGCCGUCAAGCUGAACCUCCCUGAUUACUAUAAGAUCAUUAAAACACCCAUGGAUAUGGGAACAAUAAAGAAGCGCUUGGAAAACAACUAUUACUGGAAUGCUCAGGAAUGUAUCCAGGACUUCAACACUAUGUUUACAAAUUGUUAUAUCUACAACAAGCCUGGAGAUGACAUCGUCUUAAUGGCAGAAGCUCUGGAGAAGCUCUUCUUGCAAAAAAUCAAUGAACUGCCCACAGAAGAAACUGAGAUCAUGAUAGUCCAGACAAAAGGAAGAGGACGAGGGAGGAAAGAAACAGGGACAGCAAAGCCUGGUGUAUCGACGGUACCAAACACAACUCAAGCAUCAACUCCUCCGCAGACCCAGACACCUCAGCCGAACCCUCCUCCAUCUGUGCAGGCCACAACUCACCCCUUUCCUGCUGUCACCCCAGACCUCAUUGUCCAGCCUCCUAUCGUGACAGUGGUGCCCCCCCAGCCACUUCAGACGCCUCCACCAGUACCCCCCCAGCCACAGCCCCCACCUGUUCCAGCUCCACAGCCUGUUCAGAGUCACCCUCCCAUCAUUGCAGCCACCCCACAGCCUGUGAAGACAAAGAAAGGGGUGAAGAGGAAAGCAGAUACCACCACCCCCACCACCAUUGACCCCAUUCAUGAGCCGCCCUCACUGGCCCCAGAGCCUAAGACCGCCAAGCUGGGUCCUCGGCGGGAGAGUAGCAGACCUGUGAAGCCCCCAAAGAAGGAUGUACCGGACUCACAGCAACACCCAGCACCAGAGAAGAGCAGCAAGAUCUCUGAGCAGCUAAAGUGCUGCAGUGGCAUCCUCAAGGAGAUGUUCGCCAAGAAACACGCUGCCUAUGCCUGGCCCUUCUACAAGCCUGUGGAUGUGGAGGCACUGGGCCUGCACGACUACUGUGACAUCAUUAAACAUCCCAUGGACAUGAGCACAAUCAAGUCUAAACUAGAGUCCCGUGAAUACAGAGAUGCCCAGGAUUUUGGUGCUGAUGUCCGAUUGAUGUUCUCCAACUGCUACAAGUACAACCCCCCUGACCAUGAAGUGGUAGCCAUGGCUCGAAAACUCCAGGAUGUGUUUGAAAUGCGCUUUGCCAAGAUGCCUGACGAGCCUGAAGAGCCAGUAGUUAUGGUGUCCUCCCCUGCAGUGCCACCCCCUACAAAGGUGGUGGCCCCACCCUCAUCUAGUGACAGCAGCAGCGAUAGUUCCUCUGACAGUGACAGUUCCACUGACGACUCCGAGGAAGAGCGAGCCCAGCGGCUGGCUGAGCUCCAGGAGCAGCUCAAAGCAGUACAUGAGCAGCUUGCAGCCCUCUCACAGCCCCAGCAGAACAAACCAAAGAAAAAGGAGAAGGACAAGAAGGAAAAGAAAAAGGAAAAGCACAAAAAGAAAGAGGAAGUAGAGGAAAAUAAGAAAAGCAAAGCCAAGGAACUUCCUCCGAAAAAGACAAAGAAAAAUAACAGUAGCAACAGCAAUGUGAGCAAGAAGGAACCAGCACCCAUGAAGAACAAGCCCCCUCCCACAUACGAAUCAGAGGAAGAAGACAAGUGUAAGCCCAUGUCCUAUGAGGAGAAGAGGCAGCUAAGUCUAGACAUCAACAAACUUCCUGGUGAGAAGCUGGGCCGUGUAGUACACAUUAUCCAGUCGAGGGAGCCGUCACUCAAGAACUCCAACCCCGAUGAGAUUGAGAUUGACUUUGAGACUCUGAAACCGUCCACACUGCGAGAGUUGGAACGCUAUGUCACCUCUUGUUUGCGGAAGAAAAGGAAACCUCAAGCUGAAAAAGUUGAUGUGAUUGCUGGUUCUUCCAAGAUGAAGGGCUUUUCAUCCUCUGAGUCAGAGAGCACCAGCGAAUCUAGCUCCUCUGACAGUGAAGACUCCGAAACAGAGAUGGCUCCCAAGUCAAAAAAGAAGGGACACCCUGGGAGGGACCAAAAAAAGCAUCACCACCAUCACCAUCCACAGAUGCAGACAGCCCCAGCUCCUGUGCCCCAGCAGCCACCCCCGCCUCCCCAGCAGCCUCCUCCACCCCCACCUCCGCAGCAGCAGCAGCAGCAGCAGCAGCAGCCCCCACCCCCCCCACCGCCGCCCUCCAUGCCACCGCAGACUGCCCCAGCGAUCAAGUCCUCGCCCCCACCCUUCAUCACUGCCCAGGUACCCGUCCUGGAACCACAGCUACCAGGCAGUGUAUUUGACCCUAUUGGCCACUUCACCCAGCCCAUCUUGCACCUGCCGCAGCCGGAGCUGCCACCUCAUCUGCCCCAGCCGCCUGAGCACAGCACUCCACCCCAUCUCAACCAGCAUGCUGUGGUUUCUCCUCCAGCUUUGCACAAUGCGCUGCCCCAGCAACCAUCUCGGCCUAGCAACCGAGCUGCUGCUCUGCCUCCAAAACCUUCCCGACCCCCAGCUGUGUCCCCUGCCCUGGCCCAGCCCCCGCUACUCCCACAACCACCCAUGGCUCAGCCCCCACAAGUGCUGCUGGAGGAUGAAGAGCCACCUGCCCCACCCCUCACCUCCAUGCAGAUGCAGUUAUACCUACAGCAGCUGCAGAAGGUGCAGCCCCCCACACCACUACUCCCUUCCGUGAAGGUGCAGUCUCAACCCCCACCCCCUUUGCCACCUCCACCCCAUCCUUCUGUUCAGCAGCAGCAGCUCCAGCAGCAACCUCCACCACCCCCACCUCCUCAGCCCCAACCACCACCCCAGCAACAACACCAGCCCCCACCACGGCCAGUUCACUUGCCAUCCAUGCCCUUUUCUCAUAUUCAGCAGCCCCCACCACCUCCAGGCCAGCAGCCUACUCACCCACCCCCAGGCCAGCAGCCACCCCCACCACAGCCUGCCAAGCCCCAGCAAGUCAUCCAGCAUCACCCUUCCCCCCGACACCACAAGUCGGACCCCUACUCAGCUGGUCACCUUCGUGAAGCCCCCUCUCCGCUUAUGAUACAUUCCCCUCAGAUGCCACAGUUCCAGAGCCUGACUCAUCAAUCUCCACCCCAGCAAAAUGUCCAGCCUAAGAAGCAGGUAAAGGGCAGGGCUGAGCCACAGCCCCCAGGUCCAGUCAUGGGCCGAGGCCAGGGAUGCCCACCUGCCUCACCGGCUGCCGUACCUAUGCUGUCCCAGGAGCUGCGUCCACCCUCAGUUGUCCAGCCCCAGCCCCUGGUGGUAGUAAAGGAGGAGAAGAUCCACUCACCAAUCAUCCGCAGCGAGCCUUUCAGCACCUCACUGCGACCAGAGCCCCCUAAGCACCCAGAGAGCAUCAAGGCCCCAGUCCACCUGCCCCAGCGGCCUGAGAUGAAACCUGUAGAUGUAGGGAGGCCUGUGAUCCGGCCCCCCGAGCAGAAUGCACCCCCAUCAGGGGCCUCUGACAAAGACAAACAGAAACAGGAGCCAAAAACGCCAGUGGCACCCAAAAAGGACCUGAAAAUCAAGAACAUGGGCUCCUGGGCCAGUCUGGUACAGAAGCAUCCGACCACCCCAUCCUCCACAGCCAAGUCCUCAAGUGAUAGCUUCGAGCAUUUCCGUCGUGCCGCUCGGGAGAAGGAAGAGCGGGAAAAGGCCCUGAAGGCCCAGGCUGAGCAUGCAGAGAAGGAGAAGGAGCGGCUGAGGCAGGAGCGUAUGAGGAGCCGAGAGGAUGAGGAUGCGCUGGAACAGGCACGUCGAGCCCAUGAGGAGGCACGACGGCGCCAGGAGCAGCAGCAGCAGCAGCAGAGGCAGGAGCAGCAGCAGCAGCAGCAGCAACAGCAGCAGCAGCAGCAGCAGGCAGCUGCUGUGGCCGCUGCCACCGCCCCCCAAGCCCAGAGCUCUCAGCCCCAGUCUAUGCUGGACCAGCAGAGGGAAUUGGCCCGAAAACGAGAGCAGGAGCGGAGGCGCAGGGAGGCAAUGGCAGCUACGAUUGACAUGAAUUUCCAGAGUGAUCUUUUGUCAAUAUUUGAAGAAAAUCUUUUUUGAGAGCACCUAGGUGACUUCUGCCUUUUUCUGGCAAAAAUACUGACUCUCCAUAGUGUUAGGGGCGGCAGUGGAGGCAGUAGCAGUGGCCAGGGUGUCUCUGGGCCUGGCUCUCCUGCAUGCUAUGCCCGGGGCAGGCCUGACGGGCAGCUGAGGAUCACAGAGCCCAUCUGCCUUACAGCCAGUCGGACAGACGUCCUACCACAUGCCACCCCCUCAGAGGAUGUCAGUUCAGAGCACGCCUCAAUGUGAGUCAAGUGCCGGCUGGACCCAAGGCCUGCGUCCCCGCGUGCGGGGCAGAGGCCCUUCUCUGCGCCAAAUGUCUACACAGUAUACACAGGACAUUGUUGCUGCCGCCACCGUGACUGACUGGUUUUCUGUCCCUGAGAACAUGACGUUUGUGACGUCCUACCCAUUGGGAGUCCUUCACACCCCAGCCAUCGCUGCCCACUCCCAGGAGACCAGGGCAAGCCUGUGUGGACUGGAAUGGCAAGGCACUGGCCCACCCCCUUGCUGGCACUGACUUUGCCUUGAACAGACCCUCUCCCCUCCCCCCACAAGCCUUUAAUUGAGAGCCGCUCUCUAUAAGUGUUCGCUUGUGCAAAAGGGAAUAGUGCCAUGGAAGUGUGUGUAUGUCCAUGGCAAUUCGGAUAGAGGUAACUGUUCAUAUGUAUGGACAGGCCUCACCUGGGGAGUAAGGCCACCAACCAAAGUCAGUUCCUUCCCACCUGUGUUUCUAAUUUUGUUUUGUUUUGUUUUUUCCUAUAUAUAUAUAUUUUUUGUUGAAUUCUAUUUUAUUUUUAACUCUUCUCCUUCAGACACAGUGGCACUGCUUAUCUCCGAAAUGGUGUGAUUGUCUCCUCAUUGAGUGGCGGCUCCCACCGCGCUGUGGGUAGUGUGUGACCGUGGCUGUACUGUAUAGUGAACAUAGUUGGCAUAUCUUUGUUUGAAGUUUGUUGGUGACUCCACCAAACUGGUGUUAAAAAAAAAUCCACAAAAAAACCCCGCACAAAACAAAAAAAUCCUGCUUGUAUUCUGUUUCAAACUUUAUUAAUCUUAUUUUUAAUUAUAAAACCAGAAAGCUGCAAUUUUUUCCCCUCUCCUCGUAUUUGUUGGCUUCUGUGUUUUUUAAUGUCAAAUCUGUUUGUUUUUACCAAGAAAGGGAGAGCCUGGGGAUGAGGUGGGCCCAGGCACUGGGGGGCUGCAGACUAAGGUAGAAGCUCCCCGUCCAGCACCUGGUUCAGACCAGCGGGCUGCACCUUCCUUCCCUUUUCUUUUUCUUUUUUUUUUUUUUUUAAUUGGAGCCCCUGGUGAGGUUACACGUGCCAUGAGAGCCCACUCUACACCACAGUGCUGGUGCCUCGGUGUUGGCCAAACUCUGGAGUCACUGACUGGCUUGACUUUCAUAUGGUGAAUAUGCAUUUGGUCUGUACUGAUCAUGGAAUAAACACAUCUCUCUUUUUUAA